AUGUCUGUACUAAUUGAAAAGUUCAAGAGCUUGUCGCUCUCUACUGAGCUAAACAAAGAGCAGCUUGCUCAAGCCGCGCAAUGGGAAUCCGUUGUGAAAUCCGGCCAAAUUCAAGGUCACAUCGAUGAGCUUAACCUGCGUUUGAGAGACCAUUCCUUCAUUCUAGGAACCCUGGUUCCAACUGAGACCGACACUGUCGUUUUCGAGUCUGUUUUUCCAUUGAUCAAGGACCUCAUUGCGUCCUCCAAGGACGUCAAGGGCCACUAUGCCAAAUUCAGACACAUUCUUAGAUGGAUUGCAUACUUGCAGGAGCUGCUAGAAAUUCCAAACAACGAGCAGUUGGAGAUCAACUUUGAUUUGGAGCUUCCACGCGAGGUAAUUGAGAAAAAGAAGAAGGAAGAUGCCAAGAAACCUGCUGAGGCCGCCGAGGGUAAGAAGAAGGAAGCGUCGGCUCCUAAGGAAGGUGCUGACAAGGGCAAGCAGCCAAGGGGUAAGCCUGACGAGGAGACCCUGAAGAAGCUCAGAGAAGAAGCAAAGGCUAAGAAGGCCGCAAAGAAGGCCGCUAAUGCUCAGGCUCAGCCUCAAGACCAGCAACCACAGAAGCCUAAGCCUUCCGCGAUUGACUUCCGUGUGGGUUUCAUUCAAAAGGCUGUUAAGCACCCAGACGCAGACUCUUUGUAUGUUUCUACUAUCGAUGUUGGUGACGAAGAGGGUCCAAGAACUGUGUGCUCUGGUUUGGUCAAAUACUUCCCUCUGGAAGCUAUGCAAGAGCGUUAUGUCGUUGCAGUUUGCAACCUAAAGCCUGUCAACAUGAGAGGUGUGAAAUCUACUGCCAUGGUGUUGUGUGGUUCUGAUGAAAACAACGUUGAGUUUGUUCAGCCACCAGAAGGCUCUAAGGCUGGUGACAAGGUGUUUUUCGAAGGGUUCGGUGACGAGGAGCCCGCUAAGCAGCUCAACCCUAAGAAGAAGAUCUGGGAACAACUACAACCACACUUUUCUACUAAUGAGAACCUAGAGGUUUACUUUAAUGAUGAGGACGAAAAGAAGGCCAGAAAGUUGACCAACGCCAAGGGGGAGUCUUUCAAAGUUGCUUCCAUCGCCAAUGCCAACGUCCGUUAA